UGGAGGGGGGAGGAGUUCUCUGUCUUGAUUGGCAACAGUGUAUAGCUGUGGCCAAGGUCUGGCGAUUGCUGGCAUACCACAUAUCACUCAGUUGACGGCCCACAGGGCAUAAUAACGGGACCCCUUCACUUCGUUCGUUAGUCGGGUGUAGCAUCGAAAAGGAGAAGGGUGCUGUAUAGAUUGAAGGAAGAAUCCUUGCUACUGUUCAGUAACUGGUGUGCGUGAUGAUGGCUGACAAGACAACUCCGAAAGUGGUAGUUGUAGGAUCCUGCAUGACAGAUCUUAUCAGCUACACACCACGCCUGCCUCAGCCUGGAGAAACCUUGCAUGGGCACAAGUUUUCAGUGGGAUUUGGAGGGAAAGGUGCCAACCAGUGUGUGGCAGCAACAAGACUUGGAGCAAAUGCAGCUAUGGUUGCCAUGGUUGGGGAUGACUUAUUUGGCCAGAACUACUUGGAAAACCUCAAGAGCAAUAAUGUGGACAUAUCCUUUGUUGGAGUGAGCAAGGAGGCAGCAACAGGUGUAGCCCCCAUUGUUGUUGAUGAUGCAGGGGAGAACUGCAUCAUAAUUGUUGCGGGAGCAAAUCUGAAGUUGACCUCCUUUGAUGUGGAGCGAGUUGAGGAUGUCAUCAAGGAUGCCUCAGUGUUGGUGUGUCAAGGGGAGAUCACCCCAGCAGCAACCCUCACCGCACUCAAGCUGGCACGCAGUCACAAGGUAAAAACCUUGAUGAAUGCAGCACCAGCAGAUCCUUUUCUGGAUGCAGCCAUUAUAGAACAUUCAGAUAUUUUUUGUGUUAAUGAAAGUGAGGCAGAAGUAUUGACAAAGGUAAAGGUGAAGACAAAGAAGGAUGUUGAGCAGGCUGCCGAGUCUCUGUUACAGCAAGGGUGUAAGAGUGUGAUCAUUACUCUGGGAGGAGAUGGGGCUGUGUACUCCAGUGCUGAAGGGCACACACAUAUUGCAGCUGAGAAAGUUGCUCCUGUGGACACUACGGGUGCAGGUGAUGCCUUUGUGGGAGCCCUGGCAUACUACUUAGCCUAUCACUCCCACCUAGUCAUGGGUGAGAUGCUUCAGAGAUCCUGCCAAGUAGCCACAGCAUCAGUACUCACUCCUGGCACACAAACCAGCUACCCCACCAGAGACCAACUACCAAGCCAUUUGUUUAGCUAAGACAUUGAUGGGUCAUGAUAGGUAGGGUAUGUAGAUUAGAAAUGAAACAUUUUGUUAAUUGUUUUUAUUAUUCAUACAGAUAACAGAAAGUUUGAAAGUAUGUUUAAGGGUAAGCACCUUUGUAGUGCAUGGUAUGGUGUGCCUGAUUACGAAUCCAUGAGCUCUUGCUAUAAUCCAGGCUGGGACACAAGACACAAUUUACCCAGCUGUUCAUUUUUCCUUUGGUGCCUUGGGAAACCUGGUGAAGGUAAACUGUGCAAACCCAGAUGUCACAGUAGCUCACCUUCCUAGGGUGUGGCAUAUCACUAACCAGUCUCAAAGACCAAUGAGAUGGGGAUGAGUGCCAAGGCCAUGUGCACCUGUAGUCUUGUACCUCCUUCACCUUCACUUUGCCUUGAUAUUUUAAGGGUCAUUGAUAUUUUGGAUAACCCUGAGGCUUUUGGUUGAUAUACAUGUUGUGAUAUAUAUAUAUAUAUAUAUAUAUAUAUAUAUAUAUAUAUAUAUAUAUAUAUAUAUAUAUAUAUAUAUAUAUAUAUAUA